GCAGCAGCACUGCCAGUACAGAGAGACGCAGAUAGACACACGCCAAGCGCUAUCGCUCCCUCUGAGAAACACAUCUUAACAUACAAAGUGAAAACAAAUCACCUAAAAGUGGGGACAAACAGGGUGAAUAAUACAUCCAGAAUACAAAUCAGGCACACAAAAAAAAAACUUUUUUGUGUGUGUGGAAUGAGCAAAAAAGGACACGUUUGUUCAUUAUAACGAUUUUGAACCAACAAGUGGAUUUUUUUUUCUCUUGAAGAGGAAAAAAAAAGACAAACAACAACAACAACAACAAGAGCGAGGCAUCGGCUGAGCUGAAACGUGGAGGAGUGCCAGAGCGCGUCCGUGCAUCAGGUAACCCCCUCACCUGCGCGGCUCCCCGCACGCCCAGCGCCUUCCGCACGCGAGGAGACCCCGCGGCGAGGAUGGCUGCAGCCAAGACGGAGAUGCUCCUGCCCGCUCUGCAGAUCUCCGACCCCCUCAGCUUCCCGCACUCGCCCAUGGAUAACUACCCCAAGCUGGAGGAGAUGAUCAUGAGCUCCGGGGCGCCCUUCCUCACCGCCUCCACGGCCGAGGGGACCGCGUUCGGGACCGGGGAGGCGGGGGACCAGUUCGAGCACCUGGCUGGAGGUAAGAGCGAUGAUAAUAAUAAUAAUAAUAAUAAUAAUAAUAAUAAUAAUAAUAAUAAUAAUAAUACCCGCGUCUCCCUCGUUGCUGCAGACACACUGCCGGAGAUCUCCCUGGGCUGUGAGAAGCCGCUGUCGGAGCAGACGUACCCCGCCCAGCGCCUGCCGCCCAUCUCCUACACGGGCCGCUUCACGCUGGAGCCCGCCAACUGCAGCAACAGCCUGUGGGCGGAGCCUCUCUUCAGCCUGGUGAGCGGCCUGGUGGGCAUGACCCCGCCGGUCAGCACCUCCGCCCCGGCCUCUUCCACGGCCGCGCCGACCAGCUCCUCCUCCUCCUCCUCCACCUCCGCCGCUUCCUCCUCCUCUUCCUCGCAGAGCUCCAGCCUGGGCUGCUCGGUGCACCACAGCGAGCCCAACCCCAUCUACUCCGCGGCCCCCACCUACUCCAGCGCCUCCCCCGACCUGUUCCCGGAGCAGCAGGCCUUCCCCAGCCCCGCGGGGGGCGGCGCCCUGCAGUACCCCCCGGCCUACCCCGGCGCCAAGCCCUGCCCCUCCGCCUUCCCCGUGCCCAUGAUCCCGGACUACCUCUUCACCCAGACGCAGGCCGACAUCGGCCUGGUGCCGGUCGAUCAGAAGCCCUUCCAGACCCCCGGGGCGGGCGGCGGGCAGCCCUCGCUCACGCCCCUGUCCACCAUCAAGGCCUUCGCCACGCAGACGGGGUCGCAGGACCUGAAGGGCGUGUACCAGACCCAGCUGGUGCGGCCGGGCCGCAUGCGGAAGUACCCGAACCGGCCCAGCAAGACGCCGCCGCACGAGCGGCCCUACGCCUGCCCGGUGGAGACGUGCGACCGGCGCUUCUCGCGCUCGGACGAGCUGACGCGGCACAUCCGCAUCCACACGGGCCACAAGCCCUUCCAGUGCCGCAUCUGCAUGCGCAACUUCAGCCGCAGCGACCACCUGACCACGCACAUCCGCACGCACACGGGCGAGAAGCCCUUCGCCUGCGACGUGUGCGGCCGCAAGUUCGCCCGCAGCGACGAGCGCAAGCGGCACGCCAAGAUCCACCUGCGGCAGAAGGACCGCAAGGCGGAGAAAGCGCCCGUCGCCGUGGGAACGCCCGCCGCCGUCUCCGCCCCCUCCCCCGUGCCGUCCUGCUACUCCUCCCCCGUGCCGUCCUGCUACUCCUCCCCCGUGCCGUCCUGUUACCCCUCCCCCUCGGUGGCCGCCACCUACCCCUCCGUCUCCGGCACCUUCCAGGCGCAGGUGGCCACCACCUUCGCCUCCUCGUUGGCCACGAACAUUUACAGCUCGCCCGUGGCCACGCCCCUGUCGGACAUGCAGUCCACCCUGUCGCCGAGGACGAUCGAGAUCUGCUAAGGCCGCCGUCUCCUUUCCCGGACUCUUCUGUCUCUCCGUCCUCCGCACAGAAAUAAUCGAAAGACUCGUUACUCCGUUCUGAAAAAGCACUUUUAACCCCUAACCCCCCCCCCACUCCACUUCUGACUCUCAGUCUUACAGCUCAAGGUACCGCAAAAGAAGAGACAUUUCAGACAAAGAGCAACAACAGGCUUUGACAGGGAUUCUCAACUGACAUUUUUGUAGAAAAAAAAAGAGGAAAAUACCAACACAAGGGACUUCAUUUCCGUCAGUUUUAAUGCCUAAAAGGCUCAGUGGCCCAAGAUCUCCUACACAACCAGAACUGCUCACCCCCAGAGACAGAUGACAGACUGACGAUAUACAUAAUCUGCAGUAUAUGGAUAUUGUAUACAUUGUGCCAUGUUUUUGUUCAUUCAUUCUUUGGUACAGUUGAUGUGAAAACCUCUUGGCAUAUUUACAUUGUAUUAUUUGGCCAUAUUUUAUAGAUAUUUUCUCUCUUAUAUAGUGAAAAAUGCUGUGGUAAGUUUUGACUUUGUUUGGGAAAAAAAGACGCACUUAAGUAUUCAAGCAUGUGUAAGAGUGGCGAUAGUUUCUGUUAUUUUGUAAAUAUCACCCAAUGGUACUUUCUCUCUCUUUCCAAAAAUGUGGCAAAAAAGGUCUGUGUCAAAAAAAGGAGAAAAAAAUCUUUAAAAAAAACACAAGUUUUCAAACGUUUCUGGUGCCUUUUGUGAAGCCUUGCUGAUGUUUUCGAUGCGUGAUUGGAUGCACUGCAUCUAGCCUUAAAGCGUAAGGGAUAUUUUUUUUACAGAACGUACGAGUCGUUUUAAAGGAUCACACGGAAAGAUUGCAGGCACCGCUUCAUUUAUGUAGAAUGUAAGCAAAAAAAAAAAAAAGAGAAUCUCUAAAGUCUAUUUUUGUAACUGAAGUGUAAAUAUCUUCAUAUUCAGAAGUUGGAAUGUUGUAGCUACCUACUGAGUAGGCAUCGGGAAUAUUUUGUAUGUUAUUUACAUGCGGUUCAUUAUUUUGUGGUUAUUAUUUUUAUUUUGUAAUUGUGUUUGUUAAACAAAGUGACUGUUUCUGGCUUCUAAACACAUUGAAUGCGCUUAACUGCCAACGGGACAUCUUCCCAGAGAUAAAAUAUGAAUAAAAUAUAAAUAUAUAUAUAUAUAAUUUCA